UCUUCACUGGCGUGUUCACAAGUGAGAUGUUCUGCACGGCCAAUAGCAGUGAGACUUCCAGUUGAAUCCUAUGGCUAUGGGUAUUCAGUACAUCCACAUUGUGCAGUGGUGAACCGCUGUGGUGGUUGUUGCUAUGUAAGAGCACAUUCUUGCAAACCAACUGCUACGCGUAUGAAACCAGUUAAUGCUUAUCUUAUAAAACUUGGAAUGAAUUUGGAGAGCAUGACACGUAAGUAACUUUUGUGUUCAUAAGGCCUUAAUCAAUCUUUCAAGUGCAGAACUAUUGAGGAAAAUUGACAAAUUUUGUCAUUGUUCACUACCAUAUCUUACCAAGAGCGAUGCCCAGAGAUUUCAUCACCUUCGUCAACUUCAGAGCCCUCAAAGUCCCAAUAGUGACCAACAUCAAUAUUCUCCUAACAAUAUCCAUAGAUUGUCAAGUGCAACAUCUAUGAGAAUUAAUCAAACGAUCACAAAGAGAAAAAUCUCUGAUUUUUUAUCAAUUUCUCCCAACUAAUUCUGUAAGAAAAUGUAUAGAGAUCAGUUUGGAGAAUUUGUUUGUGGAUAUUGGGGCUUAAAGGGUUAAAUGGGAUGUUCAUGACAUUAUCAGCCACUUUCUUUGCCUGCUAAAUGUUGAUAGGCCACUUUUAAGUUACUAUAUUUUUACCUGGCAUAUGUGGAGGGGAAUCCCAAGGAAAACAAACAGAAUUUGUUUCUAGAAUCACCAAAAUGGUGACUUACCUUUUGAAGGGGCCUGAUACUUAAUACGUUUGUUUGACCACAUUAUAUUAUCUGUCCAAAAAUUAUCCACUCCUGGAAGAGCGCGUAUAUGCACGCUUGCGUAUAAAAGGGUUGGAGGGGCUGUAGACAGCCAUGCCCAAAUUCUUUUAAAUGCCAAUAUUGUCUAUUGUUUUUUUUUUGCAUUAGAAAAACUUUUUUAGGCAUACAAGUGUCACCAAGAAACCAAAUUUAAUUGACGGACUGUUGUUUUGAACCUUGGUAACCAAUGAUAAAUUGGCUAUCCUACAAUUUUUAAGUGGAGAAAUGUUAACUUGGGAAAACGUUUGGUCACAUUUUAUUUGUCCCAGAGUUUUUGUGUUUGAACAGAACACUGGUUACUGUAGGUUUGAUGAUAUGAAUCUGCAGUCUUCCUUUCUCAACAGUUUUAGCAGGCUCUAGCUUUACCUUCGAACACAUAGUAGUUCCAGUUGAAGAACAUCUUAAAUGCGACUGUAAUUGCACGUCGUCAGCGGCGACAUGUGACAGCAAUCGACAAGAUUGGGACAAAGAUAUAUGUGGUUGUGUCUGCAAACGUCAAUAUCAAAAUCUGGACUGCAAAGCACCUUUUAAG